CCCGCUGCACAUGACGUCAGGCUCAGCGAGUCUCUGACGAAGCAUCAGCUCUACAGUAGGAGGAGAGACUGGCUGGCUGGUUGACUGACUGCAGCUCAUGAAGUUAACUUGACUAACGGACAAAGCCGACACAUACGAUUAAACAUGGCUCAGGCUCUAAAAGACAGAUUCGAGAAGUUCCUGAACGAGAAAAAUCUCCUGACCGACGGUUUGGCGAAGAUAGAAGCCAGAACAGGAGUGAACCGAACAUACAUCGCCAUCGCUGUCAUCGCCCUGAUUGCCGUUUACCUCGUGGUGGGUUAUGGCGCUUCCCUGUUGUGUAACCUCAUCGGAUUCGUCUACCCUGCGUACAUAUCAAUCAAAGCCAUCGAAAGCGCCGACAAAGACGACGACACAAAAUGGCUCACCUACUGGGUUGUGUAUGGAGUGUUCAGUGUGGCUGAGUUCUUUGCUGAUAUUUUCCUGUCCUGGUUUCCAUUCUAUUACAUGGGAAAGUGUGCCUUCCUGGUUUGGUGCAUGGCCCCAACUCCCUCUAACGGCUCCAUCUUGAUCUACACGCGCAUCAUCCGCCCUUUCUUCUUGAGGAACGAGAAGACUAUUGAUGAUGCAGUGAAAGACAUCAAAGACAAAGCGUCAGAGGCUGCAGACAAGUUUAAAGAUGAGGCCAAGAAAGCCACAGCAAACCUCAUGUUUGAAGAGAAGAAGAGCUCCUAAAAAUCUCUGGGACAGAAUCCACUCCAGCUGCUGCUGCAUAUCUUGUACGAUCUUCACAAGCCUGAAAAAACGUUGCCUUUGGUUUUGCGUGUGUACGUGUUUGUGUAUAUAAACAACUGGAAAUUUGCCCCUAGUUUUUCUCACUUUGUCUGUCUGUAGAAAUGGCCUUGCUGGUACUACAAAGUGAGUUAAUUUUAACUAUCUAUUACAGAUCAUAGCGCAUGCCCAGUGAUGAUCAGUCACUGUGCUUCAGCCUCAAUAAAAAUAUCUUCCCUCUUAAA